AUGAAUAUCGAAUUAACAAAAUUAUAUUUUGAACCGUUACAUACGCAACAAGCGUUAUACGGGUCGUCGUCGUUGUUGUGCGCGCAGUGUAAGUACGACGGGGUCGCUAUGUGGCGAUCUUUAACAGUUGUGCUCCUACUCGGAGUAUUCACAUCCGCUAUCAAUCUCAAUUACUUAGACCCGACGAAACUUCAAACUCUAACUUCAAGUGAAACUCAAAAAAGUGCGGCUCUAAACAUAAUACAAAAAUAUUUACGUGAUGUGAUUGUUGAAGUUGAUCUACUGUGGUUUAAAGAUAAUAAAGACACCUUCUCUCUAAAUACACUUGAAAAUAAAUUGCAUAUAAGAGCAAGUUCCGGCGUGGCAGCAGUAUGGGGCUUCAAUUAUUAUCUCAAGAAAUACUGCAAGAGUCAAAUUGAGUGGCAAACAGAGAAUGUACGCAUUCCCCCAGUCCUCCCAUCCAUAAACGAAACAGUGGUAGCUAACGAUAGGUUUCGAUAUUAUCAGAAUGUGUGUACAGGGUCAUAUAGCUUUGUUUGGUGGAAUGUACGACAAUGGCAGAAGCACGUAGCAUGGAUGGCACUGAACGGUAUUAACUUAGCUCUGGCUCCGGUUGCCCAAGAAGCGGCGUGGGCUAGUAUUUAUAGACAAAUAGGCAUGACACAAGAAGAAAUAGACCAGCAUCUAGCGGGACCAGCUUUUUUGUCUUGGCUUCGGAUGGGAAAUAUGCAUGGUUGGGGAGGCCCACUGCCUCAAUCGUGGCAUAAUUUACAAUUAGCCAUACAAAACGAAGUAAUUAAUAUGAUGCUAAGUUUAGGUAUGGUGCCUGUUUUACCAGCAUUUAAUGGACACGUUCCAGUAGCAUUUUCAAGGGUGUAUCCUAACAGCAAGUUUCAUGAAGUAGUACGUUGGAAUGGAUUCAGUACUGAGUAUUGUUGCGGACUGUUCAUAAAUCCGAAUGAUCCUCUAUUUAAUAUAGUUGGAAAAAUGUUCUUAACCGUAAUCAAGAAGCCCGGUAUUCAUAUUUAUACAGCAGAUCCAUUCAACGAGAUAUCAAUAUCAAAUUUUUCUACACAAUUGGCACAGACUACAUCUAAUGCAAUAUUCUCGACUCUUGUAGAAUCCGAUAAAGAAGCUGUGUGGUUACUACAAAAUUGGAUGUUCGUGAAUAACCCUUCUAUGUGGCCUAUAAAUCGAGUUCAAACUUUCCUGAAUGCAGUUCCAAGCGGUCGAAUGCUUAUCUUAGAUCUACAGUCCGAACAGUGGCCACAAUAUAAUCUUUAUAGAAUGUACUUUGGCCAACCGUUUAUUUGGUGCAUGUUGCAUAAUUUUGGCGGGACACUGGGAAUGUUCGGGAAUAUGGUGACAAUCAAUAGAGAUGUUUAUCAAGUUAGGUCUCAAGUGAACAGUACAAUGAUUGGAAUAGGUCUUACUCCAGAAGGUAUCAAUCAGAAUUAUGUAGUGUAUGAUCUAAUGUUGGAAUCCGCAUGGCGCAAGUCUCCGGUAGCAGACCUCACUGCCUGGAUAACUGAUUACGCUGAAAGAAGACAUGGAUGCAAGGAUACUGCUGAAGCGUGGAAGUAUUUGCUCAAAAGUGUAUACAGCUUUAACGGUUUAAACAGAAUCAGAGGAAAGUACGUUGUUACCAGGAGGCCAAAUUUUGGAAUACAACCAUGGGCCUGGUAUAAAAGUUACGAUUUAUUUCAGGCUUUUAGGAAGCUAGCAUUUACUAAUGAGAGCCAUUGUUCGACAGAAGGGUUCUAUUAUGAUGUAGCAGACGUUACUCGCCAAGCCUUGCAGUACAGAGCCGAACAAUUUUAUGUGAAUGUCGCGAAAGAUAGAUAUGGGAACGGAUUCGUAUUUGAGAGUUCUAUAAAUCGGUUUCUUAGCGUAUUGUCUGAUAUGUCCUCUGUAUUACGGCAAAGUAAGUACUUUCUUGCUUGGAACUGGUUCGCACAAGCCAAGAGUAUAGGAGAAACAUUAGAAGAAGAGUACUUAUAUGAGAUGAAUGCAAGAAAUCAGAUCACGCUGUGGGGACCCAGAGGAGAAAUAUCGGAUUAUGCUUGCAAACAAUGGGCUGAGGUCAUUCGUGACUAUUAUAUUCCGAGAUGGAAAACUUUCUUAUCUGCUGCUCUAAAGGCUAAAAUAGCUGGUGAGGUAUUUAACGAACAAGCGACGAGACGUGUUGUUACUGAAAACGUUGAAAUUCCAUAUGCAACAACGUCUUUUGGAAGUACAGACUGGUCACUCCCUUCUGAAUCACUUAUGGAUCAAGCCAAGAAUCUUUAUAGAAAAUGGGCUUAUGUCGCCGAUGUAAAUGACUUGCCGAUAAUGACCAUUAAGGCCAAAAGAGCUAGUGAAUUUAUAGUUUCAGAUGGGGAAUCCGAAGAUUCUGAAACGGCUGUUGAUCCCUACGUGUUCAUGUUUACGACGCCAACUGAUUAG